AUGGGCCCUUCUUCUGACUCUGGGCUUCGCAGACAUUAUAUGCUGCCAACACUCUCUUCGGCGGCCAAAGAAAAACAGCGCGCUGCGCAUGCCAACAAGUUGCCUUGUCGAGACCAGUCGCGAAACGCAACUUCGCCAAAGCCAGAGCGCGCCCGUAAGGCAUCGCCCGACUUGCCUUCUUCGCCCCCUCUGCCAGUCGAGGUCUCGGAAUUUCUCUUGUCCUCUCCCAUCUCAUCUUCUCAACAGAACGCACGAGAGAUAGUAUCCUCACCCCCUCAUGCACCUUUGGUCUCUGCGCUGCCUUCUUCUCCUCUGCCACAUUUGAUCUCUGCGCCGCACUCUCCUCCACCACCAUGGCUCUCUGCUCCUAUCAAACCAGCGACAAGCUGGAAAAGAAGGAAGAGGAAUGGUGCAGGGAGAGCACAGGCGCGCGAGCCUGCGAGGCAAACUCGGGGCGCAGUCUGGCGCGGUGAUCGAUCACCGGUGCGUUUGGGCAGGCGGUGGUAUGGCAAAGAUGGGCGGGCGGAGGAGAGGGUGAAGCGCGUGGGUGAUGAAAUGGCCAAGAGGCUUGCGACAGGGUACGAGUCGUCUUGA